GGGCGGGGCUGGAGCGGGUCGUGGCGAGUUCCGUUGUAAAUAGAGCCGAGAAACUUUCAUGCGACAGGCAGGAGGAGGCAGGGUGAGGCAGCGACUGGAAUAUUGCACGGAAUAUCGCCACCCCUUGUUUUGACAGAACGCGCAGGAAUCGUUCCCGGAGACUUCCUGGAAAUGGAAGGCACUGGGAACGCGGUGCAGAGGAACACUGCUGAUCUGGAGCACAUGGCUGAGGUUUUAAUCACCGGGGAGCAACUAAGGUUACGACUUCAUGAGGAAAAGAUUAUAAAGGAUCGGCGAUAUCAUCUUCGAACGUAUCCAAACUGUUUUGUUGCAAAAGAAUUGAUUGAUUGGCUUCUAGAUCAUAAAGAUGCAACGGACAGAGAAACUGCAGUUAAGUUGGUGCAGAAAAUAUUAGACCACGGUGUCAUCCAUCAUGUUUGUGAUGAACAUAAGGAAUUUAAGGAUGCCAAAAUUUUCUACCGAUUCAGAAAAGAUGAUGGCACUUUCCCAUUGGAUAGUGAAGUGAAAGUUUUCACAAGGGGCCAAAGGAUAUAUGAAAAAUUGAUGAGUACAGAAAACUUCCUAAUGCAAACACGGGAGGAGGAAGGAAUGAAAUACCAGCGGGCAGUCAUUGCACGGGAAUUUAUUGACUGGCUGAUACAAGAAGGAGAGGUUACCAUAAGGAGUGAAGGUGAACAGCUCUGCUGUAGACUGCUGGAGUACGGCAUCAUUCAACAUGUGGCCAACAAACACCACUUUGUGGAUGGUAACCUCUUGUACCAGUUCCGCAUGAACUUUCGCAGAAGGCGACGGUUGCUGGAGCUGCUGAAUGAGAACGUGCCCUUGGAGCCUGAUAGCCAUGAAAGCCCCUUUUGUUUGCGCAAGCAGAACACUGACAACGCCAACUCCAGCUUCCAAUCAGUGAGUCCGACAAAGGAUAUGAAGAUAGUCUCGGCAGUCCGGCGAUGUAGUAUGAGCAGCAAUUGCAGCAGCAGUGGUUACUACAGCAGUAGUCCAACCCCCAACAGCAGCCCUCCUGUCUUAUCCAAUCCAAAGUCAGUGCUAAAGAGGCCAGUAACUACAGAGGAGCUCCUAACCCCUGGAGCACCAUUUAUGAAGAAGACACUUACAAUUGUUGGAGAUGCAGUUGGCUGGGGAUUUGUUGUACGUGGAAAUAAACCGUGCCAUAUUCAGGCCGUGGAUCCCAGUGGUCCUGCUGCUGCAGCUGGAAUGAAGGUUCGGCAAUUUGUUGUUUCUGUGAAUGGUCUGAACGUUCUACAUGUGGACUAUAGAACUGUCAGCAAUCUUAUCCUUACUGGCCAUCGCACCAUAGUAAUGGAGGUUAUGGAGGAAGUUAACUUCUGAAUAGCAUUUGAGCAUUUGGAAAUGUGCUGGCAAUCAAGAUGGCUUUGGGAAGGUCAUAUGAAACUGAAGAAAGGAACAGUACACAAACUCUUCUGCAGUAAAAGAUUGCCUUGUUUUUAUAAACUUUAAUUUGCUUAGAACUGCCUCAUUGUUUGAAUAUUUAAAGUUUUCUAAACACUGGAUCUAGUAUGUGCUUGGCAAUGCGCUUGACCUGAUGACGUGAGUUGUGUUGUUGUAAUAUAUUAGACACUUAGCAUGUUUGUGAUAGUUUUUUUUCCCUCAUUGUUUACAAUGGGAUGUAGGAUAGAAUUAGAUGUUUUAUUAUAAAUGUGGAUGAAAUACCUCAACUCCAGAAUAAUAUUUUGUUAUAUUUUGCCAACCAAAUACGAAUUGCUCUCGCUCUCAGUUCACGCCCUCUACGUUCAAAAUUAUUCCAACAAUAAAUAAAUACGCACGAGGUACACGCAAGAAUGUUUUUCUUGUUAGGAAAUGAUGGAAGGAGGCGUUCUAAAAUUGGAACUCCUGCUGACCACAAUAAUACCUGACAAAAAAUAGGCUGAAAACUCUUGGAUUAUGAACUUAAAACUACAUUUUAAUCUUCCCUCUUCCUUCAUCAUGGUUGUAUUAAAUGAUGCAAUUUAAUGGCAAUAAUCAUUAUACAGCAAAUAUUUUUCCUCUAGAAAAAAAAUUGCAUUAUUUCAUGCAAUGAUAUUCUGGGCACAUUUCUCCAGCUUCCUUUAUUUUCAGCAGGAAUGGAUACAAGUAAACUUUAAAAUGAACUAAAUGUAGAAAUUAUCUCCUUUGGAUUGUUUGAAUUUGAAAUGCCAAAGUUUUAAUUGGUAAUGGUUAAGUGAAUGUUGGGAAAGUGGUUGUGUAUCUUCAAUAAAGGGGAGAAAAUACUGUGAUAAAUGUUGCUUUACAUUUUAGCAUAUUCAUUUGAAAGUAUGUUCAAUGAUAUCAAUGUUUACUAUGUGUGUCUGCAGUUCCUUGUGUUUGCAAUUUUUUGUGUUCAAUGUUUUUGGUUAAUGGCUUUUGCUUUCUUGAGCUGCGAUUUAAAUUUUCUUUUUCUCCCAGUAACUGAUUUACUUAAAACGAUGGUGCACCUUGUUGCCUGUAUUUACCUCGGUCUAACAGUUUGUGCAGGCACAUUUUGAGGCUUUGAAUAAAUUUGAUCGAUCAUGUAUCUUUGGUUAAAGUAUUUAGCUCAAGUGGGUUGUGAUAACCAAUAAUACAGAUUUUCAAGCCUUUCUAUAAUAAGGUUAUCAUAACUAAGAAAAGAACAUUAAACAUAUUGACUAACUUGU